AGUAAUGAUACUAUUGUCCUGGUUUUCUUAGCUCUCUGUGGAAGACGAAUGGCGGGGGUUUCAGUGCUAAGAGGCGUCGCUCAUGGACGUUCAUCUAUUCUUCAUCACUCUCAGUUUCCAACUAUAAACAGAUUGGAUAAGCCAAUGAAGCUUCAGUAUCGAAUUCGCCGAACUGGAUUCACUGUUUUUGCUCGGUAUUCGCAGAGCCAGGAGAUUUUCACCACUCGUCUUCAAGAUCGUCUUGGGAACUUGCCUAAAUUUGUUGAGGAUAUUGUUCAAACGUCCAUAAAUACAGGUCCACGUGGGGCUUUAAGGCUUGCCCAAGGUGUCCAAGCUGUGAUUGGGGUUGGUACUGAGUGGCUGGCUGAUGUCUCAAAGACUGCAAACUCAUCCACUAGAUUACCGACCGAGAUGCAGCUUGGAUUAUUAUCUCCCCUAUAUUUGAGGAAAUUGUUCGAACGCAUGGGUGCAACUUAUAUAAAAUUGGGGCAGUUUAUAGCAUCUGCACCCACAAUUUUUCCGCCAGAAUAUGUUGAAGAAUUCCAGUACUGUUUUGAUAGGGCUCCACCAAUUCCUUAUGAAGAAAUUCAAGCAAUCAUACGUGAGGAAUUAGGCAGACCAAUUGAUACGGUUUUCGAGUAUGUUGAUCCUACACCAAUUGCCUCUGCCUCUAUAGCUCAGGUGCAUGGGGCAAGGCUAAAGGGCUCCCAAGAUGAUGUUGUGAUAAAGGUCUUGAAACCCGGGAUAGAAGAUAUUUUAGUGGCAGAUCUGAACUUUGUAUAUGUUGUGGCUCGCACUUUGGAGUUCUUGAGUCCUGAAUUAGAUCGUACAUCUCUGGUUGCGAUUGUCAAAGACAUAAGGGAGUCGAUGCUUGAAGAAGUUGACUUCACUAAAGAAGCAGCAAAUAUUGAAGCAUUUAGGGGAUACUUGGAAGCCAUGGGUCUGACUAGGCAGGCUACAGCACCAAGAGUGUACCGGCAAUGCAGCACACGACGAAUCCUGACAAUGGAGAGGCUUUAUGGAGUUCCCCUCACUGAUUUAGACUCAAUAAACUCACUCGUUCCUAAUCCCGAGGCCAGUCUUAUAACUGCCUUAAAUGUCUGGUUCGGAAGCUUGCUUGCUUGUGAGUCCUUCCAUGCUGAUGUGCAUGCUGGCAACUUGUGGCUUCUUCGUGAUGGCCGCAUUGGUUUUCUUGACUUCGGAAUUGUUGGUCGUAUAUCUCCUAAAACAUGGGCGGCUAUGGAAGUGUUUUUGACAUCCAUAUCGACCGAAGAUUAUGAUGCAAUGGCUUCCGGCUUAAUUGACAUGGGCGCUACGGGCAAGGAUGUGGAUUCCAAGGCCUUUUCAAGAGAUUUAGAGAAGAUAUUUUCGUCAAUACAGGAAUUGGAUACGGAAAUCAUUGUUGCAGCAGCCAGGGAUACAAACACAAAUGCAACCGCAGUCUCUGCCAAUGUAGUUUUUGACGAGAGACAAAUGAAUGCUCUAUUUCUCGAUUUGGUUCGAGUCAGCGAGUCUUAUGGGCUGAGAUUUCCCAGGGAGUUUGCACUCCUGAUGAAACAGCUGCUGUAUUUUGACAGAUACACCAGAUUGUUAGCUCCAAACAUGAACAUGCUUCGCGAUCAGCGCAUCAACAUCACCCAGAAUCGAGGACAAAGAAUCAUAUACCAGUAAGGAUGCUUAAUAGUGUAACUAUACCUUCUUCCUUCUUCCUCCACUUUCUUUCCGUAAAUAUUAUAGCAGAAGAAACACACCCUUUUUACAGUAAAGUCUAUAUAUAUAAUUAUAUAAAUGCCAUUGAAGAAUUGCUUUCUCUAAA